UAUCAUUAGUAGUACUCGAUUGAAUUCUAUUAUUAUUAUAAAUUUCGAAUAAAAUGAUGCAUUUCAAGAGCGCUCUUAUUGUCUGCGCGUUGUAUUUCCUGACGUCAGCAUGGAGCGUCGGACUAAAUAGUGAUCAAUUGAUAGAGUUGGAAAAACUGUUUGAAAACUACAAAAAUGCCAAACGAAUUAACGAUUUGGCAUUCGCACGAGACGUGGGAAAAACCUUUGGGAAUAAUGAAAUAACUUUUAAAAACAAUUCAGAUGAGCCCGAUUUGCAUUGUUUAUUGAAGACGUUGGCGGAUAUUGACAAAAGCUCCGACAAACCCGAGGUUACAAUACUCGAGUCUCAAGAAGUAAAUUUUCUUCUGGACAAGUUUACUACACUCACCGAAUUUCAUAAGCAACAGGGAUUUCUUACUCUUCAGCAGCUAUUUCAAGUAUUUUACUUUUGGAGAGGAAUGAAUAGAGCAUUGAGCGGAAAAUUAGGAGAACUUGAAUCCGAUAGAGGCACCAACUAUGUAGUUAACGCUGUGGAAUGCUUGUGGUUCAUGUUGGAAAUCAAAAAAGCCAUGAAUACUUACGGUCCUAGCACACAUGAGGUAUUGAGUGAGGAUUUAUACAAUUCAGGGAAUGUACGUGUUAGACAAGUAAUUUCCUUGUCACUGCCGAGUUGCUUCCAUUUCAUUCGAGAGCGGUCAUACUACCUUAUGAAGAAAUGGAAAAAAAAAACUUUUUUGGAAAAAUGCUUCAUUUGUUUAAUGGUUUUUUUUGCCGUGAUAGCUUUUUCUCUUUUACUGCAGAUCAGAACGUUGUAUUGUAAAUCAAGCAGCCAUUAUGAUAUUGAAUUUCAUUCUUCUGGACAAGGUUAUUGUUUGAAUGAAACGUGUGUUACCACGGCAGCAGGCGCCAUCAAAAAUAUGAAUUCAAAGUUGAACCCCUGCGACAACUUUUAUAAUUACGCUUGUAGUAAAUGGAUAAAAUCAAAUCCUAUACCAGAAGGUAGAUCUAUUUGGAACAUAUUUCAUGCACUGGAAAAGAACAACAUGUUGAUUAUUAAAAACUCUCUCGAAGCAUUACCAAUUGACCAUGCCAAUAAAGCUGAACUUAAAGCUAAAACAUACUUCGCUACUUGCAUGGACCCUAACGAUACUUUAGAAGCCUUGGGUCCUAAACCGUUGAAAGACAUACUUGACGAUAUUGGCGGAUGGAACAUUUCGGGAGCGUGGGAUGUGUCAACUUGGAGUUUACAACUAACCCUGGAAACGGCCCAUAAUCGUUACAACAUGGAUGGCUUAUUCGAUUGGAGUGUAAUGGAAGACUACAAAAAUUCUAGUAGAUACGUGAUUGAGGUAGUGGAGGGUUCAUUAUCUUUGCCGAAUAGAAAUUUUUACCUCGACAAGGAAAAUCAGAAAAUGUUGGAUGUGUUCUUAGAUUACAUGACAAAGAUCGGAACCUUGUUAGGCGGUGAGCCAACCAUUACGAGGAAACAAAUGAAAAAUGUCUUAGAAUUUGAAACUCGUUUGGCUGAGAUUAAAGAGCCCGAAGAAAACAAAAACGAUUUGGAUAAGACUUAUCACUUAUUGUCCUUAAAAGAACUCCAAGACUUGGCACCAUUCCUCCAUUGGAAUCAUUAUUUUAACUCAGCAUUUCGUUUGGUAAACAAGAAAAUAACAAAUCAAGAAAAAGUAGUCGUUUCUUCACCGUCAUACAUAGCUGGUAUGUCUAAACUAAUCGACGAAUACUUCAGAAGUCCAGAAAAAAAAACGAUUAUCAACAACUAUCUGGCUUGGCAAACUGUUUGGGCAUUGUCACCAUAUUUAUCGAAAGAUUUUCGUAACGCUUAUAACGAUCUACGUAAAGUGAUUCUAGGAGAAGAAGGAAUGGACGAUGCUUGGCGUUAUUGCAUUACUGACACAAAUAGUAUUUUAGGUUUUGCAACUUCAUCGUUGUACAUCCGUAAAGUUUUUAACGGACAUUCAAAAACAUUGGCCAAAGAAAUGAUUGAGGAAAUAAAAGCGUCAUUUAAAGAAAAUUUUUACAAUUUACAAUGGAUGGACGAAGAAACGCUGAUCGAAGCAGAAAAAAAGGCGGAUGCAAUUUCCGACAUGAUAGGUUACCCAGAUUACAUAAUGGACGCCCAACAAAUGGAAGAUAAGUACAAGGAUUUAAUAGUGAACCCAGACGAAUACUUUAUGAACAUGAUACGUGCCAUACAAUUUAAUUUCCGACAAAAUUUGAAUAUACUGGGACAACCCGUCAACAGGACCUGGUGGAGCAUGGUUCCUACAACGGCAAAUGCCUACUACACACCGACCAAAAAUCAAAUAGUCUUUCCUGCCGGAAUCUUACAGCCACCAUUUUUCAGCCAAAUGCAACUGCCCGUUAUGAACUACGGAGCAUUGGGAGUCGUUAUGGGCCACGAACUGACACACGCUUUUGAUAAUACAGGUCGUCAAUAUGAUCGAUUUGGAAAUAAGCAUCAGUGGUGGAACAAUGCUACAGUGGAAAAAUUUAAUGCCGCUACGGAAUGCAUGAUCAAUCAAUAUUCUAGUUACAAAAUUAAAGGCAUGCAUGUAAACGGCAGUCAAACAUUAGGAGAAAAUAUUGCUGAUAACGGUGGAUUGAAAGCGGCUUAUCGUGCAUACUCAAAAUAUCUCGACGAUGGAAGAGCACAAGUGUUCCGUUUGCCAGGCGUUAAUCUCGAUAACCGUCAAAUGUUUUUCCUCAGCUUCGCCCAGGUGUGGUGCUCGUCGAGUACAGACGAUGGCUUAAAGUUACAAAUCGAAAAGGAUAUGCAUUCGCCGUUUGAGUUUAGAGUGAACGGUCCGCUGAGCAACUUUGAUGAGUUUUCCGAAGUGUUUAACUGCAAGCUGGGAACACCUAUGAAUCCUGCAAAAAAGUGUACCGUUUGGUAAAUUACAAACGAUUGUAAAAACGUAGAAGCAUCAAGCACUUUAGUCAACUUAAAAAAUAUUUAUAUGUAGUUUAGCCAAUUUUGUUGGAUUUAUAGGUACUUAGUAGUAAAACAGUAGUUUUAAAACAAUGUAGUAAUUAUUACACAUUAUAUUAUACAUAUUAUAUUUAGACGUAGCGUGUAAAAAUUAGCAAAAUAUCUUAUUUAAAUAUUUCAAUAUUAAUAAUAAUUCAUAUGUAAGUUAUGACAUUACAA